AUGAAUGACGAUCCAGUAUCAUAAGCUGUCAUGGAAAAUACGACAAUAUCGAAUCAAUCAUCAAUUGAAAAUAACGAAAUCGAAGUAAUUGAAGGCGAAGAAAUUCAAUUAUCUACACUGUUCGANGAUUUGCCUUUCCAUAUCAUAUUCUUUUUUUUCUAUUUAAUUUGUUUGCUAACUGUUGAAAGUAAAGCAGAUCUUCGUAAUACAUCAACAUCGAAUGCAGGAGAAUCUGAAUAUGAAAGUGCAAAUGAAGAAGAGCUUUUAUUCCAGAAUAAUAAUUUUAAUGAUAAUGAUGAUGCCAAUUUGGAACAACAUCAACAACAAUCAUUAUCAGAUGGAAAAAUCGAUGAUAAUUCAUAUGUAGUACAAAAAGAAAAUGAUGAUGAUGACAAUCAUGUAGAAGAAAAGAAAGAAUUGACUGAUAAUAUCGGUGAGGAUGUAAAGUGUGACGGUGUUGAUGAGGAAGAUAAUGAAUCUGUCAAAGAUGAUAAGCAAAACAUUAUCGAUAAUUGUCAAGAAACAAAUAAAAAUGAAAAUCUCCGUGAAUAUGGUGAUGGUGAAGAAACAAUACCAUCAAAAAAUAAUGCGAUAAAACCUGUGCUUGAUGACAAAACAAACAAAGAGUGUAUGAUCAAUACGACAAAUGCAACCCAACCUAAAUCUUUGCCAAAAUCUGCAAAAUUAUCUAAAGCUGAAUUAUUUAAAGCAAAACGUAAUCCACAAUAUGUACCCCGAAAAGGAUCAUAUUUUCAGCAUGAUGUUCGUGGUAAUGAUGAAGAUGGUACAAAAAACAAAAAAAAUGAUGAGCCAUUAAAUGUUAUUGGUGAAGAACAUUUAAUGAAUGAUUCGGUUAACGAUCAAAAUGUCAAAACUACAUCGGCCAUUGGGAAAAAAUCAAUGCUUUCAUCAAUGAAACUAUGUUCAGAUGAUUUGAAUGAUAGCGUAUAUGAUCAUCAAUCACAAAAAUCUGAUCAAGAUCAACAAGACGGAAAAUCUUUGCAUGAAGAUAAUGGUGAAAAAUGGCAACAUGAUAAAUUCAAUGAAGAAGAACAGAAUUCUAAAACACGUGAAGAAUUGUUCGAUAUUUAUGGUUAUGAUAUUCGCGCAAAAAAGGAAGCACCACCAUACACACGGUGGAGUGAUUAUUAUUUCCGAAUGAUAAACAAACGAUUCUGAUCAAGUUGAUCCCGAUCAUUAAACAAUGAA